CGCCAGAGACCUCUUGUGGCCAUUUUCGUCUCAUAACCUCCAAAAACUUGUUUUGUUUACCAUUUUCUGAUCGCCGAUUUGAGUCUCUAUUUUCACUUGGAAGCGCCCAAAAAUGGAUGACGCAUUGCUGGAUAAGAUGGAUCAGGCGUGCAGGACAGCCGAGGAGUUCACCAAACUCUACUACGAAAGCAUGGACAAGAGACGUCACCAAAUGUUCCGCUUGUACCUGGACAAUGGGAUUCUCGUGUGGAAUGGCAAUGGCGUGACGGGGAAGGAUGACAUUCAGAAGUUCUUCCAGGAACUACCCGUGUCUGACCACCAGACGAACACACUGGACGCCCAGCCGGUGCUCGACGCCGCCGUGUCCACGCAGCUCACAUUCCUCAUCCAAGUCAGCGGCUCCGUGAAGUUCAGCAACGACGGCCUGGCGCGUCCCUUCCAGCAGACCUUCAUCAUCACCGCCCAGGCGGACAAGUGGAAGAUCGUGAGCGACUGCUAUCGCCUGCAGGACGCCAUGUUCAAGGACAGGAAAUGAAUAAAUCUCGCAUCUCUCUUU